GAAGAUAAUCAGUGCAGCAGUGGGAGGAAGGAAGGUGCGAAGAACAUGCUCUGAAAGGCCCAUAUAUUCCUCGUGCCUUUUAAUACACAGCACAGCCCAAGUACAAAACACAAAGAGAGAUAAGGCCCUCUUGAGUCGUCUCGUGAAAUUUCAACUUCGUUCAUGAUUUGAUCUCAUCUCACCUGACAGAAAGGUCACAACAACAGCAAAUCACCAAGAAAGAAAGUACGGGUGUACAGGACCAACGGAAAAUCCUGUCUUCGCCGACCGUCGCCAGAAAACAUGCUCACUUCGUUGGACCACCCGGCGAGAGCCCCGGAGAAGUCGCUGCGAUUCUCGCAGACUUGUAGCCUCCUCAGCCAGUACUUGAAGGAGAACGGCUCCUUGGGCGAUCUCAGUUUAGGCAUCCCCGGAGCAUUCCGCCAAACAGCGACAACCCCUCCUACGAUGAAUUUGUUCCCCGUGGCUAAGCAAACGGUUGAAGUUCCCGGUGCUGCGGCCCCCAAUGAGGCAACUAUGGAUUUAUUUCCCCAGCAUUCUGGCUUCAUUCCCAGGAAAAGACUCCCCAAGAAAGUUGAUUCCGUUUCCAGUGUAAACAAAAGUAGUAAGUCGGAGCCAGAAACUGCCCAAAUGACCAUAUUCUAUGCCGGGCAAGUGGUUGUGAUAGACGAUUUACCAGCGGAUAAAGCCAAGGAAGUUGUGCUCUUAGCUAGGAGAGCAAGCUCUCAUAAUCUGGGCGCCUUGGCAUCGACAUCGGUUCAAAAGCCCAUUGAAACUAGCUCGAAUGUCGUGGCUAAUCUUGGCGCCGACAUCAACCAAGAUCACGGCCAAGGCACUCCGCAGUCCAUUGCUACAGAUUUGCCAAUUGCAAGGAAAGCCUCACUCACCCGUUUCUUGGAGAAGAGAAAAGAUAGGAUCACGUCAAGGGCACCAUACCAGACAAGCAAGGCAUCUUCUCCUCCCAAGCCGGCUGAAAGCAAGUGGUGGCUCGGACUGGCAGCUCAGUCUCCGGAGCAACUGGAGCGCACAUUGUAGUCAAUUUAUUUUCAUUAUCAGUUAUCAGUAAUGCUACCAUGUUCAAGUUUAACGUUGUUUUUUGGGCUGCUUGGGCUUCACAUCUAACUGCUGCUGGACUUAGUAUUAGUUACUCUGAUAUAAAUCAAUUACAGAACAUCCAUUUGUUAUAAUAUUCAGUUGUGAAUUCAAUUUUCAAAUUUCCUA